ACAUUGUCCCCUGCCCAGAGAUGCCACCGGUUCUGGCCCGGCUGCAGCAAGUGGCCAAGAUGGUGAUGACCAGGAAGAAGGUGGUGGUGCUGCUGCUGCUGGGGGGAACGCUGAGCCUGCUCCUCCACCAGGGAUCCCAGCUCAGCUGGUCCCCCCGGCUGCUGUUCCCGGGGCCCCCGUGCCCGGCCGGCCGCACGCGGCCCAAGCACACCGCCGUGGCCUUCGUCAAGACGCACAAGACGGCGGGCACGACAGUGCAGAACAUCCUGUUCCGCUUCGCGGAGCGCCACAACGUGACGCUGGCGCUGCCGCGGCCCAGCUGCGAGCACCAGUUCUGCUACCCCCGCGACUUCUCGGCGCGCUUCGUGCACCCGGCCACGCGGCCGCCGCGCAUGCUCGCCAGCCACCUGCGCUUCAACCGCGCCGAGCUGCGCCGCCUGCUGCCCAACGACACGGUCUACGUCACCAUCCUGCGCGAGCCGGCCGCCAUGUUCGAGUCGCUCUUUAGCUACUACAACCGUUACUGCCCGGCCUUCGUGCGCGUGCCCAACGGCUCGCUCGAGGCCUUCCUGCGCGCGCCGCGCGCCUACUACCGGCCGGACGAGCGCUACGCCAUGUACGCGCACAACACGCUGGCCUACGACCUGGGCGGCGACAACGAGCGCAGCGCGCGCGACGAGCCCGACUACCUGGCGGGCCUCAUCCGCGACCUCGAGGCCGCCUUCUCGCUAGUCAUGAUCGCCGAGUACUUCGACGAGUCGCUCGUGCUGCUGCGCCGCCUGCUGGCCUGGGACCUGGAGGACGUACUCUACGUCAAGCUCAACGUGCGCAGCGCCGCCUCGCGCCUCGCCCCGUUGCCCGAGGGCCUGGCGCGCGCCGCGCGCCGCUGGAACGGCCUCGACGCCGGCCUCUACGAGCACUUCAACGCCUCCUUCUGGCGGCGCGUGGCGCGCGCGGGCCGCGAGUGCGUGCAGCGGGAGGCGCGGGAGCUGCGCGAGGCGCGGGAGCGGCUGCUGCGCCGCUGCUUCGGGCCGCGCCCGCGCCUGCGCCCCGCGGCCGAGAUCCGCAACAAGCAGCUGCAGCCCUGGCAGCCGCUGGGCAACGUGGGCAUCGUGGGCUACGACCUGCCCAGCCGCCCGCCCGGGCCCGGCGGCGACGAGUGCCUCAAGCUGGCCAUGCCCGAGGUGCAGUACUCGAGCUACCUGCUGCGCAAGCAGAAGCGCCGCGCCGGGGUCUGGGACCGAGAGCAGCCGCCGCCGCCGCCGCCGCCGCGGCCCAUCCGAGCCCUGCCGCGGCUGGCCCGGAGGGGCUGAGCCCCGGCCCCCGGAGGAGACGCCCGGUCCCCGAGCGGACCAUGCGGCCCCGGGAGAAGGGGCCGCCCCGCCCCCAAAGUGACCUCUCCGGGGAGGGGCAGCCGAGGGGGCCGGUGACCCCAAAGUGACCCCCAGCCAACCCACCUGAGGUAGCCCCGCCCCCAUCUAGCCGAGAGGGCGCGACUCCCCCCGCAAAUGUGCAGCGCCGCCCCAGCAUGGCCAGGACAGGGUGAGCGCUGCAGGUGUGCAGCCUCUGCAGCCAGGCUGGCCAAAAAACCUCCGCGUACCGGAACUCCGGCCCGGAGAACGACUGGCCAGGAGAAGGCGGCCCUUGUCUGGAAAGGGUCAUCCUCGGUCCGGCCGAGAAAGGGGGACCCCGCGCAUACAACCUGCCCCCACCCAGGAGUAUGCAGCCGGGGGGGGGGGGAGCUCACCCUACCCCACAGGUGUGGCGCCAUCUCUAACCUAGUCAGCAGGGGGUAGCUCCUGUCUUUCCGGAAGCCCCACUCCUAGGCUGGCCAGUGGGUGCCCUGAGGCGUUGAGCCCCGCCCCCAUACGGUCUGGAAGUAGUGAUUUUUCUAGCUCUGGAGGUGAAGGUGCUUACCCCUCCCCCAGCUCUAACACUGCUGCCGCUAGCGAGAGAGUGCACCCCCUCCCUGCCUUCUGGUGCCCAAGCGCCCACCCCCACGCACCGCACACUCCAGCUCUGAAACUUCUCUUCCAUCUAAUCGAGGACGCCUGAACUCAUUCAGACAUAGGAAGCUCCCAUAAUGCAGCCGGGUAGUCCCACGUUCCCUCUCGUCUAAAGGAGAUGACCCCUCUCUCCAAGCAUUGCAGCUUAAAGCCCUGCUCAGAAGGAGCUGGGCCUCCUUUUCCAUCCAGAUGUGAAGGCCCCCACCAAUCGGAGGAGGUGACAUCACUUCCUCAGCCCUCAUCCACGCCAGCUGUGAAUCUCUUGUCAUUUAUCAGCGCACACACGUCCCAAGGCCCUCAUUUACUCAUUCUCCCCCUUCAUCCCACCCUUCAGCUCUUCCCGGAGCCCAGCACAGAUUGUCUUCCUGGCUCCAUCUUUCCUUCAGAGCAACAGCUGCUACCACACCCAGGGACUUAAUAUGGAUUGGGUUUUUUGGUUAAUAAAAUGGAUUUUCUAAG